UUAGCGGUCAAGAGCUUGGCUCACCAGGGGUCUGCACUGCCUCCGCCCCCCCCUUUUCUCAGCCAGAAAUAAAUGUCUGAUGUAACAUGGAUUAGGACGGAGGAAUCUCAGCGAUGGUCCAGGCUGAGUGCGAGCAGGGCACAGAGGGGGUAAGACAGACACAGGGGCUACUGGCAAACACUGGGCCCCGGGGUAGGUUUGAGAAAGCUGUUAAGGAAUCCUAAGCCCAGGCCUAAUCCCUGGGUGGAGCGGGCACAGCAGGAAAGCUCCUUUCAUCUGACAGCAGUGCAGCAGGACAGAGUCCAAGGAGUCACACAGUCAGGUGGGAAGAUGUUCCCAAUCAUGCAUUCGGACCACACCCCAGAGAGAAAAAGGCAGGCGAUUGCCAUCGUGAGGGAGAUGGCGGAAGAUGUCCCCCAGCUGGACCUGGGGAAGAAGGUCAGCAUCCCCCAGGAUCUGAUGGUGGAAGAGCUGUCUUUGCAGACAAACAGGGGGUCCCAGCUGUUCCAACAGAGGCAGAAGCGGGUGCAGAAGUUCAUCUUGGAGCAUCCUACUGGCUACAGAGCCAGCUCGAGCAAGAUGGCAGCAGGUGGCUCACACGGCGUGGCUGAGGGGGACCUGGCAGGAAGACCCGACGCAUGGCUGUCUGCCGAGGGCCAGGAGAACUAUCGCACUGAGCUUCACGUGGCAGCAGCAGGCCAGGGGACCCCUCCCAAAGUGCCCAAGAAGACAAACAAAGUCAUACAAAUGAGUAAAGCCCUCAAUCCCGAGGCCCUGGCCCCAGGCUACUCUGGACCGCUGAAAGAAGUCCCACCAGAGAAGUUCAACUUCACUGCCAUCCCCAAGAGCUACUGUUCCCCUUGGCAGGAAUUCCUCUUCAGUGAGGACUAUCGGGUGGAGAGCAAGAGCCAGCUGCCUGAACUGCCCAGGAAACCCAGCCACUUGGAGUUGAGGAGCUUCAACAGGACUCCUACCCCAUUUGGUGGAGUGCUACUCAAUGACAUGUUCACUGUGCCUGGGUUGGAGAUGACGGCUCAGACAGACACCCCGAACAGCUUGGAGCUCGUCUGGAAUAGACCCAGCUUUAACAGAGCACCCCAGGGCUGGGUACGGAUUUUACCAGAGACAGAAGAGCUGUAAUAUAACCUUACUCUCUUCUCCUACCCACAAAUGCUUUAUCUGCUAGGCUCAAACAUGCUUUGUUUUAAAGCGCUGGUAGAGGUACUCCUUAGCACAGCAGAAAAGGGGAGUAGAUAUUCUUACCCAUGCACCCUGUGAAGGCCCAGCGGCCGCAGCACAUCAUCCACUUCCACACACAGCCCCCAGCAAGCUCACAGCUAGAGCCAUUCCUGGACUACCCCGUUACAAGGUUUUCCUAGGUGUCCAUUAUUGUGGUAGUGUGACAAAUUGACCAGCCAAGUUCUCAUUGACAAAACUGUAGAAUUCCAGUAAACUUCCACAUCCAUGAUUAUACUAUGGAACAAUGCGGUUGGAGCAGACACAUUGCCUCGCUCUGGUGGUGUGGCAAAUGGCAUAAGAGCCAGUUGUCAUCACAUCAAGUCGCCUUGCAACUGUUCUGCGACACCAGCAUUGACAGGCGCUGGCUGCUCAGAGAAAUACUAGCUUAAGGGCAGUGCUGUAGAAAUGUAAUUUUGGUUCAGAUGGGGAAGGGGAGUGAUAAGGCAGUGUGGUAAUUGGGGAAGUGGGUGAAAUAAGUUACUAAUGGCUUUCUGACACAUAAGGAGAUAGAUGUAAUUUCCUUUAACAUGCUAACUCCGUUAAGAAACAACCACUGGGCUGGGUGUGCGGGGCUGGCUGUCAGACAGAAACAUGUACUGCAUAUAAGUGAGGGGAGUGCUUGAGAUCACCACUACCCGAACUGGGAGAAUCAGGAACCUAUGCCAUUUUCCCUGCUAGCUACUGGUUGGUGUGUUACACUUCCUUUCCUACCCCUAACAGCUUGCUGUAUGAGUUUACACAUCACCGUUUUAAUAUUUACACCACUUGAUUACAAUUAUAUAUGGAGGGCCUGAUCCUGCUCAGAUUUUCUUUUUUACUUCAAUAAUAGUCAGGAUCAGACCCUGCCGAUUUAAGAUACAGUACACAAUUGGCAGAGCCCCAAAAAACAGAGUCUAUAUUUAAGUAAUUGCCAAUUUGAUCAUACAAAUCAAUGCUUGAUAAAAACAUUAAUGUGGUACCACUAGGGGAGAGGACAUCCAACGUAAUAAACACUUCUAUGGCAAGCAAGACCUUCAUGCAACACAUGCAGAAAGUAGUCAACAAGGGUGCUUUGACCACAGCCUUUCGGAUGCACACAAGCACAGUAUAUAGAACAGAGCUAUCCAUCAAAGGAAGAAUGCUACCAAAAAAAGGGCAGAUCGGAACCCACGUAUGUUCCAAACAGUCCCACUCACCCUGGCGCAUAGAAAAGCUCCAGCUCAACUUUGCAUUUUCUACAUUUGUUUAGUUGUUUUUGUCAAAUUCGUACGAUAACCCUACUGUAACCUUGCAAAACUGGUCUUGUUUUCUUUUUUUUAAAUGGGUGAGCAAUAAUAUAUAUUUUUUGGAUCUUUGUGGUUAGGCUAGGCAAGUCAUUUUAUAUCCAGGCUGGUAAAUGUGCAAUUUUAAAAGGCUGCCUUAUUUGUAAAUAACCUAACAUACAACCACUGUGUUUCUAAUGCCAACGAGACCAUACAGAGGAAAAGCAUGCACCACAGUUAAUUACGAUCUGGGGAAACUCACCACUGCAAUGCAACACUCAAGUGGGGAAUGUUCAUUCCUCCGCCCGCCCCCAGAAGCGCACCUGGGCAAACUGAACAAGUGUUUAAAGGUUUGUGCCAAUGAACUACUGUCCAGCUCUGAGCCCAUCUCCCUCCCCUUUGCCUGUGAGCUGGAGGCCAUGUUUACAUUCAGAAAUCUGGUUGGAGAAAAUAAAGCAGCUAUAUUGUAAAA